AAAUUUUGGAUUUAGUUGCGCCAAAAACACGUAUUCUGGCAGCAUACAGACUAGGCUCUAGAACAAGAAACGAAAAAAUAUGAAACUGUUUAUCAGUUUUCUGUUAUUUGGGAUUGCUAAAACCAGCUUAGCUGCGCCAUUAAACCCAUCCCUUGAACAGGAUGCUGAACUGAUUGCUGGCUACUUUCAAGGGGAUAUUGUUUUGGCGCCAACACAACGCAAUGGCUAUCGCAACGAAACGCUACGCUGGCCAAACAACACAGUAUACUACAAAAUCAAUGAUGGAUAUUUUGAUGAGGCACAUCGCAAUCACAUAUUAAGGGGUAUACAAAUCAUCGAAGAUCUAUCCUGUAUACGCUUCCAAGAAGCUAGCGCAGAUCAGAAAUAUUAUGUCAAUAUAACGGGUGAAGAUGGCGGCUGCUAUUCGAGCAUUGGCUGGCAAAAUGGCGUACAAUAUUAUAACCUGCAAGAUUAUCCUCUAGAUACGGGUUGCUUCCGUCUUGGCACCAUAGUGCAUGAGUUCUUGCACACACUCGGCUUCUUUCAUAUGCAAAGCGCCUCGAAUCGCGAUGAGUACGUUCGUAUUGAAUUCGAUAAUAUUCAGGAAGGUAUGGAGUUCAAUUUCGAGAAAUAUGAUGAUGAUUAUAUCGAUGAUUAUGAUGAGGAAUAUGAUUAUGGUAGUAUUUUACACUAUCAUGCCUAUUCAUUUUCGGUCAAUGGUGAAAUGACUAUCAUACCACUGAAGGAGGGCGGUGAAGUGAUCGGUCAAAGGCGUGGCAUGAGCAAGAGUGAUAUCAAUAAGCUGAACACAAUGUAUCAUUGUCCGAUUAAAGUGUGAUUAACAAUUGUUUUUCU